AUGGCCGCCGCUAGGAUCGCCGCCUGCACCGCCUCCUCCCGCACCGCCUUCGCGUUCGCCUUGGCGGACGAGCCCGCGCCGCCGGAGACGCUGGACGUGGUGCGCCGGCAGCGCCAGCUCCUGCGCCGCGCCGCCGCGCUCUGCCUCGACCCCAUCGCCGAGGAGACAGACGGCGGCGUCGACUCUGCCCCUUCCGACGUCCCCUCUUUCGGCGGCCAGAGCCAGAGCCCGAGCCAGACCACCACCUCCGCACUGCCGGCGCGGCCCUGA